AAAAUAAAAGACAUAUCAUUAAGCUCUAUCGAACAAGGUUUUCUUCUUCUUGAUCAUAUGUCGGCGUCACAAAACAUGACUUAUCCGGUCGGUACUCGGUUUCUUCCAAAUGGUUUGGGGUUGGUGAGGCGUUAUCUGCGCAACAAGGUCCAAAGAAACGAGAGCGAAUUCAUAAAAACUCUCAACAUCUACGAAAACGACCCGUGGCGUCUUGAUCACGACACGAACCCCCUGUACCCCGAAAACAAAUGGUACUAUUUUGUCCAUAGGACAACCGCGUCGCGGACCGUACCGGGAAACAGAGAAAGCGAAGGCGGCACAUGGAAAAACAACGGUAAGAAAGAGAUCGAGGACGAAAAUAAGGUGGUGAUUGGUUACAAGCGGAGUUUCGUGUAUUUGAAGAAAGUGAAUGGAAAUCUUGUGAAGACCGAUUGGCACAUGAAGGAGUAUUCUCUUUUUGAGAACAAGACCAAUUCCCAAGAAUGGGUCUUGUGUUUGAUCAAAGACCGAGAGGAGAACAAGGAUAUCGUCUUACCCAACAACGAGCGACAAGAAGAAGAAGAAAAAGAACAAGAAGAAGAACAAGAACAAGAAGCUGAUUUUGCUAAUGAGAUCAAUCAACAUAAACAACAAGAAGAUCAAGAGCAAGGGCAAGAUGCACAGAUUAUUCUUCCUUCUCCUCCUUUGCAGAGCAACGACACCAACAACGUCUUGAUGAUGUCGAACCAAGAACCUUAUGGUUUUGAUGGCGUUGAGGACGUGAUGAUUAAUAUCGAUGAAGAACAAGAACAAAAAAAAGAAGAAGAACAAGAAGCUGAUUUUGCUAAUGAGAUCAAUCAACAUAAACAACAACAAGAUCAAGAGCAAGAUGCACUGAAUCUUCUUCCUUCUCCUCCUUUGCAGAGCGACGACACCAACAACGUCUUGAUGAUGUCAAACCAAGAACCUUAUGGUUUCGGUGGCUCUGAGGACGAGAUUGGUACCGAUGAACUCAUGGAAUCACUGGAUAAUGACCCUGUUGAUCUCGGCAUGGUUGAUAUGGAUGAUCUCAUACAAAAUUUGAAGGCAUUGGCGUCACUCAACAACAAUAACAACGAGUCCUGAACUCGUUAAAAGCUUUCUUCUAUCUAGUAGGUUUUUUUUCUUUUUC